GCUGUUCCUGCGGGGCUACAUUGGAAAAGCAGGAGAGCAGAGCAGCAUGGGGUCGCAUGGCACCAGUUUCAGCACCGCGACGCCGACAACGACAACUGCCUGUGCAAGUGUGCCCUCAUGCUGACAGGGGGUAAGGGUUCGAACUCCUCGUCCAUGAGGGUAUGACUUCUCGCUUUGGCAAAUUAAUAACAUGAAGCCUUUCAUGUCAUGACACAAAUAUAUAAAUGUUUUUGCUUUCAUCAAAUUACACUGUGUCAACAUGUCAUAACAUGUCAUCAGUUGUUUAUAACGUGUUGUGACACAUAUUAUGUUGACCUUACAGCAGUGUUAGGACAAGAAAAACACAGAAUUAGCACAAGUAAAGUUAGUUGUUUUAAUUGUUUAGUGCCAUGGUGUGACACCAAAAAAAAUGGUUUUCAGGUUGACAUGUUUUUAUACAAUCAUUAUUUUGUUUGCGGUACUAUAGUAUUGGUAAAACACUGAUUGAAAGGGUCAUGGAUUAAUUAAUUUCAUUCUGAACUUUAACUUUUUGUGGAUCACCCUGUAAACCCAUUGUACUCCCUACAUCAGUUUCAAUCUUAGCUUACUCUCUUCUUGACUCUCUUGAUUCAAGGUCCAGAGCUAAAGGCAACAAGACAAGGCAUAAACACAAUUUCUGUGAUCUUCACCAGAUACAAUAAUUUCAACGCAUCAAACAAUUCCCUCAGUCAUACAUAGUUCCCAAUCAAGUAUAUUUAUUCUACAGCUGAGGAGAGAGGAAGCUACAUAUGUUAACGUGGGCUAUUUUUAACACUUUUCUGGGAUGCGUGAUUAUUUUUCUUGCUUUACUGGGAAGCGCAGGUUAUUUUUAUUUGUGCAGGGUGAGCUGCACACAGUGGACUUCCUACUAGGACACACCACCUCAGUGCUAACAGUAUAACUCUGGUUCAUAGGCAUAUGAUUACUGCAUACAAUAGCUGUAGGAUCAGCAGAGGCAUUCCAGGCAGUAAGAGGGACAUAAAUUAGGUUAUUUACAUUGUGUUUUCCAACGCCCCUAAUAUAAUGUACAUUUGCUGAAUCAUUAUGACAACACAAUGGUACGGAUUAAAUGAGAUGGACUUGGGUCAUUGAUACGUCAUUGUCUCAACGCAGCCUUAUAAUGCUGUGAAAGGAUUGAGCUGCAAUAAUCGCGUAGCCAGAUGUGAAGAGAAAAAAUCCUACUAAAGCAUUCAGUGCCACGAUUCAGAGGGCUGUUCAGCAGUGUUUGUUUCACUUUAGUUGACUCCCAGAGUCCAUCCUGCUAUAACCCACCCACUGUCUCUGUUCUUUAGGUUGGUGGUUCGACGCUUGUCCAACCUCAACGGCAUUCACUACACUGUGGGCCACAACAUCCGUAAACUCAAUGGCAUCAAGUGGCAUCACUUUCGGGGACCGAGCUACUCGCUUCAUUCAACUGCCAUGAUGAUCUGA